AGUGAUACUUCUCUUCUCCUUCUCUACCCAAGCACAAUCUCAACAACCAGCACCAUGUGUGGCAGCUACUAUGGAGGCUGUGGCUAUGGACGCUACGGCUAUGGAGGCUGUGGCUACGGAGGCUGCGGUUAUGGAGGCUGUGGCUAUGGAGGCUGUGGCUAUGGAGGCUAUGGCUACGGAGGACUGGGCUGUGGCUAUGGUUCCAGCUAUGGCUGUGGCUUCCGCAGACUGGGCUGUGGCUAUGGCUGUGGCUAUGGCUGUGGCUAUGGCUCUGGAUGUGGCUACUACUAAUGGAGGUCACCAUAGGAGACUCUCACCCUCUACACCUGGAGGUGGGAUUCAUCCGUUCUGAGCCCCACAGGUUCUGAGCUUUGCUGAAGACUUGCCUUCUGGAGCCCUUUGGGUUGAAUACAGCAAUCUUUUUCCUUCCUGUAUUUAAUUCAUGUGAAGUGGGAGCAUGUGAAAUUCAUCCUGAGAAUGUGUGGUCUCUCAUUGGAAUGAUGCUGCUGCCAUAGAUCCUCCCUUUUGGCGUUCAAGCAGGAACCAUUUCUCUAAUUUCUCAAUAAAUUCAUUCAGUCUGGAAUAAUUAA